AUGUCGGAAGCCAAGGAUCUUGAGGUGUCUGCAGACACUCACAAGGAAGCCCCCAUCGCCGUUGAGAUGGACCAUGUAGACCUGAAAGAAACCCAAGUUAGUGAGGCGGCGAUGGACGCUGAGCUCCAACUUCUCGAGGAGCAACUGCAGACUCUGCCCAAGGCCAAGUUUGAGAUUUCAUUCUCGAACCCAGCUCUCUAUACCUGGAUUCUGGUAGGAUUUGCAUCUAUGGGUGGUCUGCUCUCCGGUCUGGAUCAGUCACUUAUUAGUGGUGCCAACAUCUCUCUGCCCGAUGCUUUGAAUCUGUCUUCCAGCCAGGCCAGUCUGGUCAAUGGUGGAAUGCCUCUUGGUGCUGUUGCUGGUGCCCUCCUUCUGUCUCCCUGCAACGAGUACCUCGGUCGUCGCAUGUCUAUUAUUGUUUCUUGCAUUCUGUACACCAUUGGUGCUGGUCUGGAGGCCGGAGCUAUCAACUUUGGUAUGAUCUUUGCUGGUCGUAUGGUUCUGGGCGCUGGUGUUGGUUUAGAAGGUGGUACCGUACCUGUCUAUGUUGCCGAGUCUGUUCCCAGCAAGAUCCGUGGUAACCUCGUCUCCUUAUAUCAACUCAACAUCGCACUGGGUGAAGUUCUAGGAUAUGCCGUUGCUGCCAUCUUUAUUGGUGUCGACGGUGACUGGCGAUACAUCCUGGGUUCGUCCCUCGUUUUCUCGACUAUCCUCCUGGUUGGAAUGAUGUUCCUCCCCGAGAGCCCCCGUUACUUGAUGCACAAGGGACGCGAGAUCGAGGCCUACGAUGUUUGGAAGCGCAUCCGUGGCUUCAAUGAUUUUGAUGCAAAGGAUGAGUUCCUGGGUAUGCGCCAGGCCGUCCAGAUCGAGGCUGAGGAGCAGUCCCGGACAAAGAAAUAUGCCUGGAUGGAUUUCUUCACCAACCCUCGUGCCCGCCGUGCUAUUGUCUACGCCAACAUUAUGAUCUUCCUCGGCCAAUUCACUGGUGUGAACGCUGUCAUGUACUACAUGUCUACCCUGAUGGAGGCUAUUGGCUUUGAUGAAAAGAAGGCUGUCUUCAUGUCUCUUGUCGGCGGUGCCUCUCUUAUGAUUGGUGCUAUUCCUGCUGUCUUGUACAUGGAGCGCUUCGGUCGUCGCUACUGGGCUAAUGCCAUGCUGCCGGGUUUCUUCAUUGGUCUUGUUCUCGUCGGUGUGGGUUACACCAUCGACUACAGCAAGCACCCCGCUGCUGCUGAGGGUAUUUACCUCACCGGUAUUAUUCUGUACAUGGGUUUCUUCGGUUCUUACGCCUGUCUGACCUGGGUUAUCCCCUCCGAGGUCUUCCCUACUUACCUGCGUUCUUACGGUAUGACUACCGCCGACGCGAAUCUGUUCCUGUGCUCCUUCAUUGUUACCUACAACUUCACUCGCAUGAUGGACUCCAUGACUCGUAUUGGUCUCACUCUUGGUUUCUACGGUGGUAUUGCCGUUUUGGGCUGGUUCUACCAGAUAAUCUUCAUGCCCGAGACUAAGAACAAGUCCCUUGAGGAGAUUGAUGAGCUUUUCUCUCAGCCUACCUCUGUUAUUGUGAAGAAGAACAUGAAGCAGACUGCUGAGGUCAUUCGUGAUCUGGCACACUUCCGCCUGCGUAAGGUGUUCUCGCCUGAGCCUUCCAUGUAG